ACGCGAACGACGAAGGGCUCGCGCGACCGCGCGAAACCGUCCUUCGCCGCGUGUUUCAUCGAUCUCGACCGCGACCGCGCGCGAGGGAUCUGAGCGCGCGUCGGAUACCCGCGUUCCCGACCCGCGCGCGCGCCGGAAACUGAACGGGCAGCGAACUAUCCCCGCUCGAACGCCGCGCGGAUCUUCGCCGCCGCCGACGCCGCGCCGCGCGUCAUGGUCGCCGAGACCGCGAUGAACAGCUCGAACGCGUCUCACUUCGAGAACCUCUCCGCGCUGAACACGAAUCACGUCAAGGCGUUAAUCGGACAAGAGGUGAUCAUAACCCUCGGAGACGCGUCCACGCGGAUGGGGAUCGUCUACACCGUGGACCCGGUGAACUUCUCCGUCGCGCUGCUCAAGCCGCGACGAGCGUUAAUCAAAGGCCAACCCGCGAGCGCGAUCAACCUGGAGAGAGACCCGCUGAUCGUCGUCCCCGGACACGCCAUCCGAGGCGUCGAGGUGGUCGGCGGCAACCAGCUCGCGAUGGAAGCGCUGACGAGGAAGUCGUUCGACGGGGUUCGACCGGUGUCGUACCUCGCCGCGGGGGUGUCCCCGCACGGGCGGUACGAGGGAGGCGGCGCGGACGGGGGGGGACGAAGCGCCGCGGGCGCGCUCGCCGCGGCGUCGGGGGGAGCGACGUACAAGGAAAACGUCGGCGGGUCCGCACGCGGGUUCGGAGAGUUCUCUUCUCCCGCUAGCGGCGGCGACUUCGUCUCGCCGGUUUCGUCGUCGCGGGGAGGGCUCUCGGAGGACCUCAGCCGGUUGUCCACCGGGGCGGGAGCGAAUGGCGGGAACGGCGCGGCCGUCUAUCCGCCCGUCGGGGGACGCUCUGCUAACGCGAGUUCGAAUUCGAGCCGCGAUCGCGACGACGCCGCCGCGAUCGCGCGGAUGUCGCGCGUGCGCGCCACGCUCGAGGCCGCGCGCGUGCCCGUGUCCGAGGAGCGGUCGGCCAAGUCGGGGGGCGCGCCGGGCGCUCAUGUGAGUCUCGUCGUCAUGGGGUGCGCGAGGUUGCCGUUUCCGUACACCGCGGACGCGUGCGAGUGCGCCAACGAGAUCGUGCUCAGCCGCGUGCGCGAGCUCGUCGCGUCGGUGCAGUGACGGACGGACGACGAGGACGGCGACGGGCGGCGUAACGUAACUGACGCGCGAUGGAUGCGCGUUAGUUACAUCAUAGCUGGGUGGGUGGUGGGGGGUGCCGCGUAAACGACGGAGCGACGACGUUUGUUGAUGAUACGACGCGCGAGUUUCGUUCCGUCGAGACGAAUCGCGUUAAAUCGCGUUAC